AUGGCAACCUAUUGGAGCAGUGGAAACGUGGUGUUUGUCGAGAGGAUGGUCACAACUUGGUAUCUAGCUAUUCACAUUGGAUUCAUUUUCAUGGCUCUGGGAUUAGAUGUGGUGAAUUUACUUUUGGAUAAGUCAUCAAAAAUUGCACGAUCUUUCACCGCAUUCAAUAACCUUAUUUUUAUCUCCGUCGUGUUUCCAUUUGGAUUGUUUGUUCCAUUAACGUAUUGGUCGUUGUUCUUCUAUAACUACAACUUAAUCUUACCGAAUAUCGUGGAAAUAACCGUGCCAAAUUGGGUAUCGACUAGUUCCCAUUCUGUUAUAUCGUUAGUAGCUCUGCUGGAGAUGAUUACCACCAAAUAUACGUACAAGGGGAACUAUAUAUUGGCGUUGACGAUGAUGACUGUAUUCUCAGCAUCCUAUAUUACGUGUUUGAUUGGAACAUAUGUGCAGUUUGGGUUCUGGGUGUAUCCAGUGUUGCAUUUGGUACCUGAGGAAGAAUUAUGGAUGGUUUUUCUGGCAUUGGCUGCGAAACUCGUGGCUUUGUUUUUCUUCGGUGCUGGUGUCUCAUUUUUAAUCCAUGGGGUUAAACCGGGUAAAGAUAGGGAUAAUUAA